AAAUCCAUCUCCCUGUCUCAUAAAAAACCAGCAAUUCGUGAAAUUCUCUUUGUUUCCUGCGUGAAAAUGAGUUCAAACGAAGGAAGAGCAUCUACAAAGGGAGGUAGAGGAAGAGCCAAGGCCUCCAAGGCGGUGUCAAGGUCCCAGAAGGCAGGGUUACAGUUUCCAGUGGGAAGGGUGGCAAGGUUCUUGAAAACUGGAAAGUACGCUGAACGUCUUGGUGCUGGGUCUCCUGUCUACCUCUCUGCUGUCCUCGAAUACCUCGCUGCCGAGGUUCUUGAGCUAGCUGGGAACGCAGCAAGAGAUAACAAGAAGAACCGGAUCGUGCCAAGGCACAUCCAGCUUGCAGUGAGGAACGACGAGGAGUUAGGGAAGCUGUUGGGGUCGGUUACAAUUGCAAACGGAGGAGUUUUGCCUAACAUUCACCAGACUCUGCUUCCGAAGAAGGUUGGCAAGGGGAAGGGUGAUAUCGGAUCUGUUUCCCAGGACUUCUAGGGUUUUGAUUCGGGAUGGGCCGUGUAAACCAUGCUUGUUAGACCUGGUUUAAAGAAUUUCUUCAAAAAAGUUCUUGGGUGUUAGAUUAUCGGGUUAGCUUGUGAGGUUGAGUUGAAUUUAAUGUUCAUAUAUGUUUAGAUUUUUUACUAGAUUGGGUAGAAAAAGUUGCUGAAUCUUUCUAAUCCAAUGAAAAUUGAAAAUCUUGGUGCUUA